AAAUGGUGAAAAUAAAUACUUGGUAUUUUUUUUACCGACCACGAAACAUUAAAUUAAUAUUUUAUAUUGCGCCACCUAAAGUAAUCUACAACGAGUUCUAAUCCUGAUAAGCUGCUCACGAAAAAUUAAAAAAAUAAAAAUAGUAUAUCGAAAUAUACUCUAUUAAUAGCACAAUAGUAUUAAUUAUUAAUAUCAACGACUGAAUAUUUGAAACUACGAAGAUUUUUUAUACAACAUUUCAUUCAUUCCGUGUUUGUACAAAAUCGCUGAGAAAACAUUAUGUUUCAUUACGGAAAAUUACAACGACUUAGUCAUUUCAUGCAAUAUAAGUCGUCUUUAAUAACAAUCAAUAGUAACAUCAAUCAAGUUUUCAAUUUAUCUAAGAAUUUUUCAACCACCGGAGCUCAAAAAAUGAGAUUUGUACAAUUUACGAAUAAAAAAGGCGGGCCACAACAUCUUGGCGUACAGCUGAAAGCCGGAGGAGACAUCAUAGCUAUUUCGUCAAUAGAUUCCAGGAUACCUAAUACUUUAAAAAAGUUUUUAGAAGGUGGAGAAACUAUUAGCAACAAAGCGAAGCGAAUAAUUGUUGAAAGCCGUAGUGUUAUUCCGGAAGCUGAAGUGAAUUUAUUAGCACCUAUAAAUCGAAUGGACAAAUUAGCUUGUGUUGGUCUUAAUUACAGUGGACAUUGUUCAGAACAAGGUCUUGAACCACCUACAAGCCCAGUGAUAUUCAAUAAAUUUCCUAGCAAUAUUAUAGGACCAACAGAUGAUAUUUUAUUACCUUCAAACUCCGAUAAAGUUGACUGGGAAGCUGAGUUAGCGAUAGUUAUUGGUAAAAGUGGUAAAGCGCUAAGCAAAGAAGAUGCCGAAAAUUGUAUUUUUGGAUACACAGUAGCUCAAGAUCUCAGUGCUCGUGAUUGGCAGAAAGGUAAACGGAAUGGUGGACAAUUUCUUCUUGGCAAAGCUAUGGACACUUUUUGUCCUCUGGGUCCUGCUGUAGUUACUAAAGAAUCGAUAGGUGACAUUAACAAUUUAUCGGUUCAAACUUGGGUUAAUGGAAAGCUUAAACAAGACGGGAACACAAGCGAACUUAUUUUUAAGCCUCGUGACAUUGUAGCAUUUAUCUCUCAGUUCAUGACUUUGCUGCCUGGAGAUGUUAUCUUAACAGGUACUCCUGCAGGAGUAGGAUUCACACGUAAUCCACCGGAAUUCCUCAAGAAAGGAGAUAUCUUGGAAACUGAAAUUCAUUCUCUCGGCCGUUUGAAAAAUAAUGUUAAGUAGAAAAUAGUUUCAUAGUAAAUAUGAAUCUUAAAGAAAAUUUUUCUGUAAGAUUAAUUUACUAAACGGACAAACAUUUUUUACGGUAUUAUAUGGUUUUGCGGAUAAAAGGAAUACUUGAUCUACUUAGAUUUUUUGUAUAAUAUUAUGUUGUUAUAAAAUAUAAUUUUUAAUAUAA